GCAUGGCCUUGGGAGUAAUGAAACCGGAAGACGAGAUAAUCAAGCCGCGCAAUGAUAAAAGAGAGUAUCGAAGGAUUGUUCUCAAAAAUAAUCUCCAAGUUCUCCUCAUCAGCGAUGCCGAAACCGAUAAGUGUGCUGCUUCAAUGGAUGUCCGCGUCGGUGCUUUCAGUGAUCCCGAGGGACUCGAAGGCCUCGCGCAUUUUCUUGAACACAUGCUUUUCUAUGCUAGCGAAAAGUAUCCUGAGGAGGACAGUUAUUCCAAAUACAUCAGUGAGCAUGGAGGCAGCACAAAUGCUUUCACAGCGUCUGAGAACACCAACUACUACUUUGAUGUCAACCCUGACUCCUUUGAAGAAGCCCUGGACAGAUUUGCUCAGUUUUUCAUAAAUCCAUUGAUGUCGGCUGAUGCGACUACAAGGGAAAUAAAAGCAGUUGAUUCUGAGAACCAGAAAAAUUUGCUAUCUGAUGCCUGGCGGAUGAAUCAGCUUCAGAAACAUUUAAGUGUGCAAGACCACCCGUACCACAAGUUCAGUACAGGAAAUUGGGAUACUUUGGAAGUCAGGCCAAAAGCAAGAGGAUUGGACACUAGACAAGAGCUUCUGAAGUUCUAUAAAGACAAUUAUUCAACCAAUCUCAUGCAUCUUGUGAUAUAUACUAAAGAUGGCCUCGAUAAAUGUGAAAGCCUUGUCCGGAGCUAUUUUGAGGAUAUCCGAAAUACAAAUAGAAACUUUAUCAAUUUCCCUGGUCAGCCCUGUGAUUCAGAAAGCCUUCAGGUUGGGCUACAAGUUUAUCUGCUGGUGAAUCAGAUUGGACUUGUGAGUUUUCUUUCUUUAAAGUCAGCAUUGAUCUCACAGAUGCUGGCCAAGAAAUUUGAGGAAAUUGUGGCACUAUUGUUUAAAUACAUUCACCUUCUCCAGAAUUCUGGACCCUGUGAAUGGAUUUUUGAUGAGCUUGCAGCCAUUUGUGAGACUUCCUUUCACUAUCAAGAUAAGAUUCGUCCAAUUGAUUAUGUGGUUAGUGUUGCAAUGGAUAUGCAGUUUUAUCCUCCAAAAGAUUGGCUGGUUGGAUCAUCUUUGCCUACAAAGUUCAAUUCUGAGGUCAUUCAGUCAGCAUUGAAAGAGCUGAGUCCAUUCAAUGUGAGAAUUUUUUGGGAGUCCACAAAAUUUGAGGGACUUACAGAUUCAAAAGAGCCUUGGUAUGGUACAGCUUAUUCUGUUGAGCGAUUAACUGGCUCUAAGAUUGAGCAAUGGGCUAAUAAUGCUCCUGGUGAAGGUUUGCAUCUACCUGUCAAAAAUGUGUUUAUUCCUACAGAUCUAUCCCUUAAGACUGUCUCAGAGCAAAUGAAAUUACCAGUUUUGUUGAGAAAGACGCCUUACUCAAGGUUGUGGUACAAACCAGAUACAGCAUUUUCAACUCCAAAGGCAUAUGUUAAAAUAGAUUUCAAUUGUCCCUCUUCUGGGAGUUCUCCCGAAUCAAAAGUUCUCACCAAAUUAUUUACACGUUUGCUGAUGGACUACUUAAAUGAAUAUGCAUAUGAUGCACAAGUUGCUGGUCUAUAUUAUUCAGUUAGCAACACUGAAUCUGGUUUCCAGGUCACUGUAGUUGGAUAUAAUCACAAGCUGACGAUCUUACUGGAGACAGUAAUACAACAGAUUGCGAAUUUUGAAGUUAAACCGGACAGAUUUUCUGUAAUUAAGGAAUUGGUCACAAAAGAGUAUCAGAAUCUGAAUUUUCAACAGCCAUAUCAGCAAGUCAUGAACUACUGUUCAUUGAUACUACAAGACCAAACAUGGCCUUGGACUGAGGAACUUGAAGUUUUACCUCACCUUGAAGUCGAGCAUCUUGUGCGAUUUUAUCCUUCAAUGAUAUCAAGAAUCUUCUUGGAGUGCUUUGCUGCAGGAAAUCUUGAGCCAAAAGAAGCAGAGUCCAUGAUCCAGCAUAUAGAAGAUGUGUUCUUUAAGAGUUCCAAGCCCAUAUCCAAGCCUCUUUUUGGAUCUCAGUACAUGACAAAUAGAGUUGUGAAGCUUGAGAGGGGAAUAAAUUACUUCUACAGCGUGGAAGGCCUAAAUCCUAGUGACGAAAAUUCUGCACUUGUCCACUACAUUCAGGUGCACCAGGAUGAUUUCAAGCUAAAUGUCACUCUUCAACUUUUUGCUGUGAUAGCAAAGCAACCUGCAUUUCACCAGCUUAGAUCAGUUGAGCAGCUUGGUUAUAUUACAGUGCUUAUGGAGAGGAAUGACUCUGGUGUCCGUGGUGUACAAUUCAUUAUCCAAUCAAAUGUCAAGGGUCCUGGUCAAAUUGAUCUGAGAGUAGAGUCAUUUCUCAAAAUGUUUGAAACUAAGCUCUAUGAAAUGCCUAGCGACGAAUUUAAGAGCAACGUUAAUGCACUUAUCAAAAUGAAGCUGGAGAAGCACAAAAACCUACGAGAGGAAUCUACAUUCUACUGGCGAGAAGUAUCUGACGGAACCUUCAAAUUUGACAGGAAAGAACGCGAGGUAGCAGCACUAAAGCAACUAACUCAAAAGGACUUGAUAGAUUUCUUCAACAAGUACAUUAAAGUCGGUGCUCCUCUCAAGAAGGGGUUGAGCGUACGUGUAUAUGGGAGCGCACAUGCUUCAGAGUACAAGACAGACAAUUCCCAACCUCCUGAAUCCAACGUCCCAAUAGAAGAUAUCUUUAGUUUCAGAAGAUCACGACCUCUGUAUGGCUCGUUCAAAGGAGGCUUCGGUCACUUGAAGCUGUAAAGAUAGCAAAACCCUGUUCAAGGUCAGAAGAGAACUCUUGCCAGAGUGGUUUUCUUCAGAAUAGAGCUUUCUUCUUCAAGAUUACCUCAAGAUUAUAUUACAUUUUCCUUUGAUAUAUAGACGCCCUUUUGAAUUUUUCUUAUUGAGUAAAAUAGUUGAUAGGGCAUCUACCAUUUGUAGUAUAACCAUAUUGUUGAAAUGGUAGAGGCACCGAUAACUUAAAAACUCAGUUUCUUGUGUUUUCUUAGUUUUUCUUGUUUGGUUUGUUGAAACUAUAAAAGGAUGUUUUUCCAACUACAGCUUGUGUUUGGCUUAAGAGAAAGGAAAAACAUGUUUCAUUGCUA